AUGGAGCUCCUGGGAAUGACCACUAUUUUCUUGCUGGUCUGCAUCUCAUGCCUUCUUCUCUUUGCCACAUGGAGAAGCAUAUCACAAAAAGAGAAGCAGCCUCCUGGUCCCAUCACACUCCCCAUUGUUGGAAACAUACUCCAGCUGAACCCGUGGAACUUGCCUGAAAGUUUGAGGAAGCUCAGCAAGAAGUAUGGUCCUGUCUUCACAAUAUAUUUAGGCCCACAAAAGGUUGUGGUGCUGUAUGGCUAUGAUGUUGUGAAAGAAGCUCUGAUUGAUCAGGCAGAUGACUUCAGUGGAAGAGGCAAUCUACCACUGCUUAAAAAACUCUUCCAAGGCACGGGCAUUGUGACCAGCAAUGGGGAGACCUGGAAGCAGCUCCGACGAUUUGCACUCACUACCUUGCGGGAUUUUGGGAUGGGGAAGAAGAGCAUCGAGGAGCGAAUCCAGGAGGAAGCUCAUUUUCUGGUGGAGAGGAUCAGGAACACACAUGAGCGACCCUUCAACCCUGGCAACUUCCUAGUCCACGCUGUUUCCAACAUCAUCUGCUCCAUCGUCUUUGGGGAUCGGUUUGACUAUGAGGACAAGAAAUUUCUAACUUUAAUUGAGUUGCUAGAUGAAAACAACAAGCUCCAGAACUCUGUACAAACACAGGUAUGUACACUAUACAAUUUCUUCCCAACUGUCAUGGAUUAUUUACCUGGGCCUCAUCAAAAAAUGAUAAAAAAUACUGGAAAAGUUGAUCAAUUUACUUUUGAAAUCAUAGCUGAACACCAGGAAACCCUGGAUCCCACUUGUCCUCGAGAUUUUAUUGAUGCUUUUCUUAACAAAAUGGAACAGGAAAAAGGGAAUGGUCACUCAGAAUUCACCGUCGAGACCUUGAGCAGAACCACACUCGACUUGUUCCUUGCAGGAACAGGGACCACCAGCAUCACACUGAGACAUGGACUUCUGAUUCUCCAGAAAUACCCAGAGAUAGCAGAGAAAAUUCAAAAGGAGAUUGAUUGUGUGAUUGGCCGAGACCGAAGUCCCUGCAUGGCAGAUCGGAGCCAGAUGCCCUACACAGAUGCUGUGGUCCAUGAAAUCCAGAGAUUCAUUGAUUUCCUUCCACUUAAUGUCCCACAUACUGUGAUCAAAGACACCAAGUUCAGAGACUAUUUUAUCCCCAAGGACACUAUGAUAUUCCCUAUGCUGACUUCCGUCCUACAUGAUAGCAAGGAAUUUCCAAAUCCAGAAAAAUUUGACCCAGGACAUUUCCUGAAUGCAAACGGUACCUUUAAAAAGAGUGACUACUUCAUGCCAUUUUCUGCAGGAAAACGCAUCUGUGCAGGAGAAGGUCUGGCCCGGAUGGAGCUAUUCAUAUUUUUAACAGCCAUCCUGCAGAACUUUACUUUGAAACCUGUUGUGGAUCACAAGGACAUUGACAUUUCCCCAUUAGUCAGCACUCUGGCAAAUAUGCCCCGACCUUAUGAGGUCUCUUUUCUUCCACGUUAA